GUUUAGGUCAACUUGUUUACUUAGAUAACAACAUCGGAGGUUCCAGCAGAGUUUAUCAAACAUGAUGCUGUAGGGAGACAAGGAGGAUGGUUUGGGGUUUUAAUUGUCUUGUGUUAGUUGGGACCUAGUCGCUAUGUAGAGAACAGCUUCCUUGUUUCUGUUUAGUCCUUCAGUGAUGACCUUCCUCCGACGACUGUCCCCUAUGUAACCAUCUCGCAUGAUGAUUCCAUCCCUCCUCCUGCCAUUCCUUUUCAUUUCCAUGAUACUACAGACGAAUGCAUUCCACAAUGAUAGCACCAUCUUAUCAGAAAGCCAGGAACUAAUCGCCAACUUCUUCCAAAGAUACAACACAACAUCGAAAAUUGACCUGGUGUUCGUUGUUGAUCGAUCUGGAUCUGUUCCUAAGAGAGGCUGGGAUUCCAUGUUGGAUUUUGUUACGAAUCUUCUCGAACAUUUCAUUGUGGAUGCGGACAAUACCCGCGUUGCCAUAGUAACAUUCAGCACGCAUUACACCGUGCAUUACAAUGGGCUUAAUUCAUCACGUGAAAACAAAUGUGCCUUGUAUCGCCAAAUACGAACAAAUAUAGCCAAACUCGAUCCGUAUGGAUACACAGCAAUGUACAAUGCCCUACGAGCAACAAGGGACAUUCUCGUCAACUCAAGAUCAGAUGCGAAAAAAGCCAUCUUUAUCCUGACCGAUGGCAAAUCGAAUGUCGGCCCACCCCCCAUAAGUGCUGCCCAUGAUAUCCUGUCACUAGAAUGGUCCUCAGAUUGGCCUGAGCAAGAUUACGGUCCGCAGAUCGAGAUCUAUGCGUUCGGGAUCCAAAAUGCCAAGUUGACGGAAUUGGAGUCGAUUGCGUACCCGAGCCAAAAUCAUACAUUCCUCAUCCCUGAUUUCCAACUCUUUCAUCAACUUGCUAGAUCUCUACAUGGAGAUCUGCAGGAAGAUGCUUGGACCCCCUCGCCUGACUUCACCUGCCCUCAGCCAUGUGGACCAAAUGCUUUGUGCACGUGUGGCACUGGCACAGGUGAUUAUGAGUGCGUCUGCCAACCAGGCUAUGAGUGGAAUGGUGACAAGUGCAAAGCCUGCAGACUGGGCUAUUUCAAACCUGACCUGGCCCCGACAAGAUGCAUUCCCUGCAGUGCCAACAGCACCACGAGCGGGGUAGCUGCCUCAUCAUGUGGCUGUUUCCCACCUUACUACCAGGCGUACCCUGGGGCACCUUGUACGAUAAUAACCUGUCCAGCCCUCCAACCCCCCAAGAAUGGUUACAAGUUUCAUGCUACCGGCGCCACCCUGACUGAGGUGGCAAACACUGGUGUCUCAUGCCGUAACACCGCCCAUAAUUCCUGUCAUUUUGGUUGCAACCGAGGCUACCGCCUUGAUAGUUUCCCUGCACUGGUUUGUCACGGAAAUGGAUCAUGGUCGGGAGAACCUCCGGAAUGUGAAGUUGUUGACUGUGGAACAAUUGAAGAACUUAGCACGGAUGGCAAUGUGCAGUAUGUCAAUGGCACCACCACGUUUGGAAGCAUAGCACGGGUUGCCUGUAAGCCUGGACAGAUGGUAUUUGGUGAUGCUGAUAGGACUUGUGGGGAGCAUGCGAGGUGGAGUGGCACUCCAGCAAAAUGCAUAGACAUCAGGUGUCCCCCUCUACCGGCCAUCAGCUACACGUUGACCAGCCCAAACUCCUGCACUCAAGUCAGACAGCCAUACAACAAGCAUUGCAGUGUGAUAUGUCGCGACGGGUUUCAACUUCCACUUGUUGGAGCGAUCAAGCAGCACAGCAAUGACGUUGACCGUUGGAUAAAAACGUGUGGGGAGGGCGGGAAAUGGAGAGGGAAGGAUCUUGUCUGCCACGACACACAGCCUCCAGCUAUCACGUGUCCAGAUGACGUCAUCGCAUACACCAAGCAUGGUCAGAACACAACCAUCUUCCAUUGGCAAAGCAACAAACCCACGAUACGUGAUAACUCGUAUAAUUUCACGUAUCAGGUGAAUGGGCAGGUGUCGAACAUCUUCUUGGUUGGUCUCCACGUGUUGCAGGCGUAA